AUGCAAGAAGCUUACCAUCCUAUAUCAUUUGUUAGCAAAGUGUUUAAAAAGCAGGAUUAUCUAGAAAGCAAUAAUAAAUAUAGCGAUUUUGAUUCUUUGAAUCAAAUAUUUUUCUCAAAUAAAAGUAAAAUAUUUGACAGUGAACCUAUUAUUUCUAAAAAGGCAUUUUAGAAUAGAAACUAUGUUGAUUCUGUUGGAUAAGCUAUGCAAGAUAAGUUUUCUAAAGAGGAUUUUAUUUCACAAAAUAAAAGAGAUUACAGCUCAAUCAAUUACUCUAUUCCUAAAAAAGCUAUUACUUUAGAAGAAAUCAAGUAAAAGCGAAAUUAAAAAAUAGUAUUUGGGACUGAUGAUGUAACAAAAGAAUGGUAAAAUUCUGAGAAGUAGUAGUAGUUUAGAAAGUAUGAUAUUGAAGAAUUUAUAGCAAAAAAUGAUGGCUCUAUUUUUAAGCUACACAGUAAGGCAAACCAAAGAAGUCAUAGCCACAAAUUUGAUUUUUACAAUUUAUGUAAAAAUGAAAAACCUAUUUCGAAUUACAAUUAAAAUUAUUAGCAAUAAAAUUAGCUUUAAAGCUUGAACUCUAAUCCCUUUUUGAACUAAGAAAAAUUAAAAACGAUAGAAAAAUUAAAUAGGGAUAAUAUUCAAUUAGCUGGUUUUGGAAAGAAAGAUGAAGAUUAUAUGAAAUCUGAAUCAAUGGUAGCUUAUACUGGCAAAAAAAAUGAUAAAGCUUCAAACGAUAACAUUUACAAAUAAAUGAUAAACAAGAGAUACCAUCUGCCUUUGAUUUUAGGAACUGAAAAGUUAGACUAUGAAAAGUCAUCAAAUCUACCAAAUUAAAGUAUUGGAUAAAAUCAGUAAGAAAAUAAAUAAAACGAAUAGGCAGCCUAAUUGAGAAGAAGUAAUUUUGAACUUGGAUAAGAGAAAUUUUAAGAUUACAAGAAGAAUAUGGAAGGAAAUGAUAAAUAAGCUGAAUUUAUUAAUUAGUACAAUUACAAUUAAGAGUUAUACAAAAAACAGCUAAAUAACAAUAGAUUUGAUUCGGUCGUCCUAGGAGAAUAAAAAAAUAAUGAUCUAAUUUCAAUAACAAAAAGUGAACUUCCUUAAUUUAGAACUAGCAGAUAUGUUGAAGCCAAAAAGAAUAACUACAAGAUGAUAAAUGAUGUAAAUAAAGUAGAAGAUAAAGACAUUUUUGGGUCAGAUUUCAAUAAAGACUAUUACAAAUCUGAAAAAUAAGAUUAGUAUUAAUAGUAUAAUGGUGUUAGACCCAAUAAACUUAGUGCUUUAUAAGAGCAAUCACUUAGAUACAGUAGCAUAAAGUUUGACGACUUAAAAAAUCCAGAAUUUAUUUCGAUAAAUUAAUCCUCUUUUAUAUCUCCAACCCUUUUAACUAGAGAAAAAUCUAUUUUAUAGGCAAACCUUGAAAAUAGUGUAAAGAAAUAGCCUGUAUAGGAUUAUAUUUUUGGAGUUAAAAAUAAAGAUUAGAAUUUAACUACUAAUUAGGAGCUAAUGGCUGCACCAAAGAACGGUGUACCAAAUAGCUUAGGGGAUAGGCUUUUUAAUUUAAAAAUGUCUCAUUUUUAGUUAGGGUGA